UCUUCUCCCCAGUCUUAGCUGAUCGACCUGCCUGGAUCUGUUUGCACGCAAAUCAGUAUUCAGAUGGUUUUCUAGAUAACAGUUCGUAAGUGCCAGGAAGAGACAGAGAGCCGGUCCCACUUAGGCACAUGCUAUGGAGAAAAUCACUUUCCAGCUCAGAGCUGGUGUAGACCCAGGACUGGUUUUAACGAAAGACUAUUACUGAGGGGAGACCCGCUUUAUCAGAUGUUGCUGCAGCUGUGUUUCCAGAGGGAUUGUGACCUGGUCAGUAAAACGCACACAUCUGGAUAGCCAGCAAACUCAGCCAAAGGGUCCAACCCGGCUAGACAUCAGGGAGAGACUGUUUGAAGCCCUGUGUGUUCCAAACAGUCCUUGGUGUUGGGCGGUGCUGAGGAUAUUCAGUGCUGGGGCAGGAAGCGGGAGAAGGAUGCGGUUGCAACUCACCGCAACCUUCCCGAGAGAGAGAGACUUCUCCUGGCGGUGAAUGGACCCUGCCCCUUCUAGAGUUGUGCGCUGCUCAGGAACAGGAGCUCGCUUUUGUGUCUGGGGUCUCUCUUGCAGGAGCCAGUGCCACCCACUGGAGCGAGUGGCUGCGAGCGGCCCCGUGUCGCUGUCCGUGGUGCUGAACCCGUUCAAUGUUACCCGGCGAGUGCUAAGGAUUUCUGGCUUUGGAUGGGAGUUGCAGUUUUUUGUUUAAACAGUGCGUGCGUGUCUUUUUUUAGAAAACGCAAAAUUGUCUACAUUUAAUUUUUAUUCGCCGAGGCAUAACUAUUCCCUGGGCUGGCUGCUUUAACCUCUAAAUGCCUGAAGACGGCGGACAGUCUGUGCAUUAAGUUCGCUGCAAAACCGGCCGGAAGCAGAGUGAGAGAGAGAGAGACACACACACACAGCCAGAGACCCGGGAGAGGGGAAGGAAAGAGAGAGAAAGGAGCAAAGACUGAACGAAGCUGAGGAAUUGGCGCAGAGCAAUCGCUUCAUCUCACUGACGGAAUCUGGUUCAUGAUUCUUUGCGACGAACUGCUGUUGUGACUGAUCAUGGAGAGGCUCCUCUUCUCUCUGCUCCUGCUCAGUUUGACUGUGAAGGCUCAGCUUUGUCCAAAGCGCUGCAUCUGCCAAAACCUCUCCCCUUCCCUCUCGAUCCUCUGUGCCAAAACCGGGCUCCUCUUUGUGCCUCCGUUUAUCGACAGGAGGACAGUGGAGCUGCGCCUAACCGACAACUUCAUCACCAUGGUGAAGAGGAAGGACUUUGCCAACAUGACGAGCCUUGUCCACCUCACGUUGUCGAGGAAUACAAUCAGCCAGAUCAUGCCUCUCACUUUCGGUGACCUCCGAGGUCUUCGAGCUCUACACCUGGACAGUAACAGGCUGACCAAGCUUGUGAAUGACCAUCUGAAAGGUCUGGUGAACCUCCACCAUCUGAUCCUGAACAACAAUCAGCUCAGCUACAUCUCGGAAGGAUCCUUCAAUGACUUCAUCACAUGCCUAGAGGAUCUGGACAUGUCCUACAAUAACCUGGAGCAGUUUCCUUGGGUAGCAAUCGCCAAAAUGGUAAACCUGAACACCCUCACCUUGGAUCACAAUCUAAUUGACCACAUCGAAGAAGGGACAUUCUCAGUUCUGCACAAGUUAGCUCGAUUAGACAUGACGUCCAACAGACUACAAAAGCUUCCCCCUGAUCCUCUUUUCCUAAGAACUCAGCUACUGGUUAAUGCCAAAGGCACUCAGUACUUCUCACUGGUUCUCAACUUUGGUGGCAAUCCACUGCACUGUAAUUGUGAGCUACUUUGGCUGAGACGCCUGACAAGGAAGGAUGACCUGGAGACCUGUGCAUCGCCAUCUCACUUGAUGGGAAAGUAUUUUUGGUCGAUCUCCGAAGAUGAUUUUACUUGUGAGUCUCCUCUCAUCACACGACUUUAUUCGACCAAGACGUUUGUUAUGGAAGGACAGGGUGUGACCUUGAAGUGUAAAGCCAUCGGGGAUCCGGACCCCUCUAUUCUCUGGAGCUCACCGGAGGGGAAGCUGGUUUCCAACACCUCCAGGAUGACAAUCUACGACAACGGAACCCUGGAUAUCCUGAUCACGACUCUCAAAGACAGCGGCAUGUUCACCUGUAUCGCUUCCAACGCGGCCGGAGAAUCGACCACCAACAUCACCAUCGGGAUUAUCCCACUGCCCCAUCUUGUCAACUUUACAAACCAAGUGAAGGAGCCUGCCCCGGGAUCCUCCGACAUCACCACGUCCACCAAAUCAGGCACGCCUUCCAACGGCACUGACACCAAGAGUUUGCAGGAUAAGAAAGUUGUGGCAACUGAACUGAGUACGACAUCAGCACUCAUUCGCUGGCCCUCCCAACGCCCGAUCCCCGGGAUCCGCAUGUAUCAAAUUCAGUAUAACAGCUCCACUGACGAUACGUUGGUCUACAGAAUGAUUCCAUCUACAAGCAAAACCUUUUUGGUGAAUGACCUGGCACCGGGAAGGGACUAUGACCUGUGUAUUUUGGCUGUUUACGAUGAUGGAAUUACUUCAAUGACUGGCACUAGAGUGGUGGGCUGUGUCCAAUUCACGACAGAGCAAGAAUACACCCAAUGUCAUUCCGUGCAUACCCAGUUCCUCGGUGGGACUAUGAUCAUCAUCAUUGGUGGCAUCAUUGUGGCCUCUGUGCUGGUCUUCAUCAUCAUCCUUAUGAUCAGGUAUAAAGUCUACAAUAACACUGGGGAACACAAGACUGUGGUGAGCAACAUGUGCUCACAGACCAAUGGGGGUCAGAAUGGAGGAAUGACACGGUCAAGCUCAAAGCUCACUGAAGGUUCAGGUGAGUCCAUUCAAGAGAUUUUUGGUGAAUCAUCCAAGGGUUUGGUGACUGUGCUAUUGAACAUGUCUCGGGAAAAGGGUGAUUUUCCUCAAGCUACUGUGCUGACAGCAGACACUUUGUCUCACACACAAUGCAGGAGGACAAAGCCAAUUGUAGACCCCCAGAAAGAAGCUCAGUUGUCCUCUGAAGAGGGACAGACAGAGGGGAGCACAACUGACUCCAGCAUGUCGGUUUGUUUGAUUAGAUCGUGCAAAGGCACUCUACCUCGAAGGGAAAAGGAAGCUAAACUAAGCAAUGUAUCUGUUCUGCCCUGCAAAAUCUCGAGAGCUCAGCAUAGACAUUCGUUUGAUGGAGACUAUUCUCUGUUCCAGAGCCACAGCUACCCAAGGAGGGCACGGACUAAGGCAAAUCUGACUGGCAGUGGGCAGAAUUUGAACUCUGAUGACACUGUCUUGGAGAGCAAGAGAACCACUUGCAGCAGCACAGAAUGGAUGUUGGAAAGCACAGUGUGAGCUCAACGUCACUCACAGGACUACAACAGACCUUCAUUAAUGCAGGGCUAUCAUUAGCAUGGAGGUAAACCUUUCAAAGGAGUGAUCAGGCAGGAAACCUCGGAUGUGUUGCUAUGCAUCUGCAGCGGUGCCUUAGACUACCACAAUACGGGGACUGGGAGUGGAAAGGUUCACUACUGCCAAUGCCAGUGCCCCAAGGGCAGCACCAUCACCACGUUCACAGAAGGAGUUGCUUGCUGUUUUCUUUUGUCUCUCCCAUCAAUGUUGCAAGUCUUUGCAAUCCAAAGGGAUUUGCGUUCAAUCAUAGGUGCAUUCGGAGGACUUCACAUUACACCGGAGAGGAUCCGUCACUCGAGAAACUACCGUCAUUAUCACUCUCAUCUCAACUAAGACACAGCUUUGAUGUUUAAUGAAAUCAGAAAGUAAGACAUAUAUAAGCAGAAAUUCAUAGAAAGAUGGGGGUGGGGGGGGGAAUGGUUGAUAUAUGUUGGACAGCUUUCAAAUUCAAAAUUAAUUCAUGUUUGAUAUUUGUUGUAUCUGGCUGGCCUGGAUAAAUUUCUGUGCAAGUGUAAUGUACUAUAUAUCUAUAUAUCUGUCUUUAUAUAAAAAUACAGAUAUUUAUAUGAUAUAUGUAUCUGUAUUCUACAUUUAUAUCUAGUAAAGAGUUGUACCACCCAUGAUUUUUUUAA